AUGUCUCGUCGAUACUCUAGCCGAGAUAAGGAAAAAUGGGUCUCCGACCCUUCUCGCCCACCAAAGCGCUCUCCAAUUGUCCUUCCUGAGACCAACUGCUCCCGGCUCAUUGAGGAACACAGGUAUACCCUGAUAGGGCGGGUUACAAAUCCUGCUACGCAAAACACCAGGGCUCUGGUGGACUUCUUCUUGCAACAAUGGCAGGUGGUGGGAUCUUUUACUGGGCGAAGCCUCGGGCCACUAUUGUUCCAAUUUACCUUUGAAUCGGAACAGGAUCUCCAAGCUAUUAUGGCUAAGGCGCCUUAUCACUUCAAAAAGUGGAUGUUCAUCCUUCAACGCUGGGAACCUAUUGUGUCUGAUCUUUUCCCAGCAACUAUCCCCUUCUGGGUGACAAUUCAUGGUAUACCCCUUCACUACUGGACGGACGACUCUCUUAGAGCUAUAGGGAAGGCUCUAGGACCGGUGGAGACCACCGAUGAGGUGAAAGAAAGGAUUCGCGUUAUUGUUAACGGGCUUAAACCCCUUGAGAGAUUCCUGGAAAUAAGUUUAAAAUCUGGAGAAACAAAGAAGGUUGAACUUGAGUAUGAGAAGCUAGAGAAGCAUUGUUUCUCGUGUCUCUCAUUAUCUCAUGAAGCUGGAAACUUCCCCAAUAAAACCGCUUCAGAAGACUCCCCCUCCCCACGCUUGGGUAUCACGCAACUGCGCACUCUAGAUCGUAUUGCUGAGAGCAGAAAGAGAGCUGAUAACCGUAAGCUCUCUCGCUUCUCCCCGUAUGAAAGAAGCCAUGGAGAACCUACAAAUGACAGUCGUCGUGACCAUCCUCGUGGACAACCACAACAAAGGCACGAUUACUAA